ACCUCGUAACACUUCCUCGAACAGUGUGAAAUCUGACUUCAAGUGAGCGAGCAACCGACAUCCACGCGAAGAGUCUAAUGUUAUAAGCACUUUAUCUUGUGCUCUACAUGGCCCCCUCAUCGUCCUCGCUCGAUAGCGUAUACCCUCAGUAGUUUUCAAUGGAUCGUCCACCCACUUCCAUCUCUCCAUAUCCCGCUUCCUCUGCCACUACGGCCCCCCACCCCCAAGCCCUUUUGGCCUCCCCAUCGUCCGCAUCGGCGCAGCCCAAUACUUCAAAUCUCAUGUCUAUCAGUCCUUCCAGAGCUCGCAAAUCCAGCGAUGACACAUAUCGACCGAAAAUCAUAACGACAGUUGGUGCUAAACCGGCGUGCCUGGUCAAUGCAUCCGUGACAUACGUUGGUAACGACCAGAUCUAUGCCUUCGGAGGGUUCGACCAGUACACAGACGAAGUUUAUAACCACGUCCUCCGCCUAAAUCUCGUAACGCGACAAUGGAAUCUGGUCGAUAAUUAUGGAGAUAUACCUGGGGUGAGAAUGGGUCAUACAACCACAUUAUGGAAAGGCGACAAACUGCUUGUGUUCGGCGGCGAGAAUGAGCAUCGGUCGUACUUGUUCGAUGUCAUCAUUUUCAACUUGAAGACCGCAACAUGGCAGCAACCCGAGUUGAAUGGGCCUGCUCCGAAAGGACGAGCUCGCCACUCUGCUGUCAUAUAUGAUGACAAGCUUUUCAUAACUGGAGGAAUGGCUGGUGAGGAGACUUCGCACGUACUUGAUGAUAUCUGCUAUCUUGACCUGAAGACAUGGACUUGGUCAAAGUCCUACAGGUUCGUAUCGCGCUAUGAUCACAGUUCGUGGAUCUAUAACGGUCGUAUCUGGGUGUACGGCGGUAUAGGUGAAGAUAUGGAACGCACUAGUGAGAUCUGGUGGCUAGAUCUCGAAGGUACUCCGGCUUACGAAGGUCCACUGAGCUACGGCACGGGUAAUAGGUGGAUGCUUAGUCCGAGAGCUCAACGGCAUCGGUUCAGCCAAGGCUUGCUUCAGUCUGCUAGUAGCACCACUGGUUACGCAGCAAACUCAAGUAGUGUACAGACUUCAGCUGCUCAGGUACCCUCGAGGAACUCGACCGUGGCGCCAGGAACCAUUUCUUCCCUUCGAUUUGUCUCAAGUCCGCAUCUCCCAGCGCAGAAUGUAGGCACUCAUUUCCAUGUUUUUUCGUCCGGCUCUCUCCUGGACUUCGCCACCCCGGCCAGCUUCGUGUCUUCGUAUGAGACCAGUCUAUCCUCCUUGGACCUUGAUACGAUGCGUUGGCAAAAGCUAGCCGAUGGCAAAGACCUCUUCAGUCCCAAUUAUCGCUGGCAAUAUUGCACCAUGAACGAGGAUGGCACCCAGGCGUGGUUACUUGGUUGCCCCACUGACGCCAACACCACUGUUGAAGGUGCAGGAGAGUAUCUGAGUGAUGUACUUUCUGUUGAUCUACGCAAGCUUGGCCUACUCGGAAACAACCUGACCAUGGAGUCUCGCCUAGAUAAUCCUAGGAUGUCCAUUUCUUCGGACUCCAACAUUAGAUCACAUCUGUCGGGCAUUGGCGCUGACUUCGCGCGUGCUUUUGACCAACCGCCCGAGAAUGGGUCCUCUGGGGCAGACUUCGUCGUAACUGCAGAACGAGACGACGACUUUGCUGACGAUAUAACUAUGGAUGGAGAUGCGCACAAUAUCGUGGUUGCUAAUCCGUCUAAGCCCAUUCAUGUCCAUCGUUUGAUUCUGACUACUCGCUGGCCACAUUUCGCGAGACUGUAUGCAUCCGGAAUGCUCGAAUACCAGAACAAAAAGCUACAUCUUCCAGAGCCUUAUUCCGCUGUUCGCUCCUUCCUCUACUAUCUAUACACGGAUAGUAUUGCCACCCCGCCACCGACACCAGCGAAUCCUCAACCUUCGCCUACGCUUGCGGAUGUAGCCGGCAUGUUAGUCAUGUCAAAUAUCUACGAUAUGCCAAGACUCAGGCUGCUUUGCGUAAAUCGCUUGGGGAAAGAGUUGGACGUUGAGCACGCGGCGAUUAUCUGGGAACGUGCUGGAACGGCAAAUGAAGAGUGGCUCAGACAACGUGCUGCGACCUUCUGCAUGCUGCACUGGGGAAGGGUAGUACGUACCGAAGGCUUCCGGACCCUAGGUCGCAAAAGCCUGAUGGAGCUCUGCGAGGAAACUGCUGAUGCUGAAGGGCGAGUCGUCGGCGGUGAUGAGCUGGAAGCUGUUGGGGGAUUCGGUGCCAGAUUCGGAAGUGAGGGUGGCCAUUCACGAAAGCGAAGCAGCGUUGCCGGCGCCCUAACUGGGGAUGAAGCAGAUGGUGAGGAAGAUGGUGAGGACGAAGGUAUGGAUGUUAAUUGAACUGGCCAACCUGGUCAAUCGGUGGAUUUUUGUAUUCAUCACCUUACCCCUUUUCACGACUUAUUUUAUGAGAUCAUAGAUGGUCAAUAGCGCGGCGCCUUGGUGGGUUUAUGGACAGUUUGCUUGUCUUGAUUGUAAACGGUCAGAAUGGGAUUUGGGCUGGACCUGGAGGGUGAUCGACUAAAAUCGAAGCACAAACAUGUAUACCCAAGAACUGAAAACUUAAACGAAUUAUGAACAAUCGUGGCUUGUCAUUGACACCUACGUCCACAGCUCAGUUGAACACUUCAAGGGCUGUACC